AUGUAUGCUGUGACUAUUAGUGAUGAGGGUGACUGUUACCGGUGUUUCCCGCCUGACCCAGGCAUAGAGGCUGCUGCGCUAGGUACUUGUGAGGCUGCUGCUCUAGGUGCCAGUGCGUCUGCUGCCCCAGGUGCCGGUGAGUUUGCGCUCUCAGGUGCUGCGUCGUCCCCGGACACCCACACCUUCACCCUUGACUCGGGUGCUUCCCGCUCCUUCUUUCGAGACUGCACCACUCUCACACCGCUCAGUCGGCCUGUUGCGGUCUCCCUGGCGGACCCCUCUGGGGGUCCUGUCCUUGCUCACUACUCCACUGUCCUACCGUGUCCGGCGGUCCCGUCUGGCUCCCUGUCGGGUCUCUACCUCCCCUCGUUCUCUACGAACUUGGUGGCGGGGGCUGACCUCCAGGAUGCAGGAGUUGACCAGUUCACCCCUGCGCGUCAGCGGGUGACCCACUGCACUUGUGCGGACACGGGCCGCCACUUGGCCACGUUUGCUCGUCGGCCAGGGUCGAGCCUGUACACACUGACUACUGAGUCUCCUCCAGUCACUGAGUCUGCUCAGGUAGCAGCGUCGGGUCAGGUGUUUGCUGCGGCGUCCAGGUCUGGUCCUGAGUCUGCCCCCUGCUCGUGUCGUCUCCUGUCUCACCGGACUCUCCUCUGGCACCACCGUCUUGGUCACCCCUCCCUGCCUCGCCUUCGAGGCAUGGCUUCCCGUCUUCUUGUUUCUGGUCUCCCCCGGUCCCUCCCUCCCCUUCCUCCGGGGCCUGCCCCCACCUGCGUUCCCUGCGUCGAGGGGCGGCAGCGCGCUGCUCCUCACUCCUCCGAGUUUCCUCCGACAGAGGCUCCGCUGCAGACGCUUCACAUGGACGUGUGGGGCCCGGCCCGCGUCCGUGGGCAGGGUCAGGAGCGCUACUUCCUGCUGGUGGUUGACGACUACUCGCGUUACACCGCAGUCUUCCCCUUGCGCAGCAAGGGUGACGUCACUGAGGUGUUGAUCGCCUGGAUCCGCGCGGCUCGUCUCCAGCUCCAGGAGAGUUUCGGCUCCGACUUUCCUGUUCGGCGUCUGCACUCCGACCGAGGCGGAGAGUUCUCCUCUGACCUUCUGCGGACCUUCUGUCGCGCACGAGGCAUCCGCCAGACCUUCACGCUUCCGGACUCUCCGCAGCAGAAUGGGAUUGCUGAGCGCCGCAUCGGCAUGGUCAUGGACGUCGCUCGUACGUCCAUGAUCCAUGCGGCUGCUCCCCAUUUUCUGUGGCCGUUUGCGGUUCGGUACGCGGCGCAUCAGCUCAACCUUCACCCCCGGGUCUCCAUGCCGGAGACCUCCCCUGCUUUGCUGUGGACGGGGAAGGUUGGUGAUGCGUCGCGUUUCCGGGUCUGGGGAUCUAGGGCGUUUGUCCGCGACUUGUCUGCGGACAAGCUGUCCUCUCGUGCUGUUCCCUGCGUCUUCCUUGGCUUUCCCACUGACGCGCCUGGCUGGCAGUUUUACCACCCAGCCUCGCGCCGUGUCUUCGCGUCCCAGGACGUCACCUUUGACGAGUCGGUUCCCUACUACCGUCUCUUCCCCUACCGCACUGCGUCCCUCCCUCCCCCGCCGCUCUUCCUUACACCAGGCCCCCCUCCGGUAGACCCCCUCCCCCCUCAGGGUCCUGCUCCCUCAGGUGUGUCCCAGGUAGAUGCAGUUGAGCCAGUCGAGGUAGCUGUUGACUCUGGUGCUGCUGGUGGUGCUGAGCCUGGGGGUGCUGGGUCUGGGGGUGCUGCGACUGGGGGUGCUGAGCCUGGGGGUGCUGGGCCUGGGGGUGCUGCGACUCGGGGUGCUGAGCCUGGGGGUGCUGGGCCUGGGGGUGCUGAGCCUGGGGGUGCUGAGCCUGGGGGUGCUGAGUCUCGGAGUGCGGAGCCUGAGGGUGCUGGACCUGCUCGUCCGGCGUCUGGUGGUGCUGAGCCUGACAGUUCUUCGGGUGCUUCGUCCCGGCGGGAGCUGCUCUCUCCACAGGAGCUGCGUGAGUGGUUCGCCCGGCGCUGGCGACGUGCUGCUGGAGCUGGUGGUGCUGCAGGCGCUGGAGGUUCUACUGCUGCUGAGAGUGCUGGUGCCGAGGGUCCCAGAGGUGCUCGUACCGAGUGUACUGGAGCUGCUGGCCCUACGAGUGCUCCUCCUGCUGGAGCUGGUGGUGCUGCUGGUGCUGCUGGCGUUGGUGCUGCUGGUGCUCCUGGAGCUGGAGCUGCUGGUGCUGCUGGUGCUGCUGGUGCUGCUGGCGUUGGUGCUGCUGGAGCUCCUGGAGCUGGAGCUGCUGCGUCUUCGGGUGGUCCGGCUGGAGCUGGAGCUACUGGGGGUGUUGGCGCUGGGGGUGCUCCUGGCGCUGGUGCUGCUGAGGGUGCUGGAGUUGGCGCUGCUGGAGCUGGGGGUACUCCUGGUGCUUGUGCUCUCGCUGGGGGUGCUGGUGCUGUUCCUGCUGGCACUGGUGGAGCUACGCGGCCGCGGCCGUACUUCGUUCCGCUCCUUGAGCAGGUUCUUGGUCUUCCGUCCUCUCUUGGUCCUGCUCCUGCCUUAGAGUGUCCGCCUCCUGUCCAGUCUGAGUCACAGUUACAGCCACCUUCCCCGCUUCCUUCUCCUUCUCCCUACACUGGUCCUACUGGAGGUCUUGCUGAGCGUCGUGAGCCUGCGUCUCGCCCUGCGUCGCCUGUCCGUACUGCUCGCACUAGUGGUCGUGGUUCGCGCCAGCGUCCUCCCCCUGUCCCCGGCACGCACCGGAUGUCUCUGCGUCCUUCCACUGCUCCGCUGCGUGCCCCUUUUGUCAGAAUCACUAGGCAAGAAUGA